GAAGUGCUGGGCAUGUCAAAAAACGAAGGCGGAGCAAAAGUUAGGAGCCUUCUUCUUUAAUAGUAGGUACAGAGAACAUGAACAUUUUGUUGCGCAUCAGGGCACCAGAGUAGGAAAGCUAAUUCGAUUCUUUUUCGCGUCGUUCUAAAGAAGGCCAAUGUCUGCUGACGAGAAGCCGGCCGAGCAGGUCGUCUUGUCUGAGACGGAGGAAGAGGCCGCGCCGCAGUCCGCAAUUGAACCGGAUGAAAAUGAUCCAGAUGAAAACACCUCCGCGCGGCCCGCUCCUGGUGAACCGCAGCCGGAGUCGGCCGGAAAGAAGUCCAUCACUUCACCGCCGGUCAUCUCGCGUGCCACUCCUUCUUUUCCGCCCGCAGGCCGGGGAAACGCGAUCGCCGCGCUAGACGAAGAGUGUGCGAAUCAGCACGUUCUCGUAGCCCCCGCGCACUUGUUGUUUUCCAAUGCCAACAAUCGCUGGAGCCCGUGGAUGGCCUUCAAGCUGUGGGCUGUGACGUUUCUGUUCAUUUUCUACCAGGGUUUCGCGAACGUAAUCUGCGUGUGGCGAUAUGGAUUUUUCAGUGGGCUGAUGACGGGGAGCACCGUGAAACUGAGUAUGGUGGUUGCCAUCACCGGGGGCGAAAUAUUUAGCGCGCAGCGCGACGCCUUCGACUUGUGCAAAGGCCACAGCCCGAAGAAAGUGGCGUCUUCGUUCCUGCAGAAUGACAGCAUGGACGGGGAUGGCCAUGGCGCUGCUGCGCCUGCUUCUUCCAUAAGUGACAGCACGGAUUGGACGACUACGAGCUCUUUUGGCACAGAAGAGCAGGAUACGGCUUUUUCGUUUCUGAAAACGGGGGCGGAGGGCGAGCCAGGGGUGAUCCUUACCGGCAAAAGCGACCUUGCAGAGGUCCUCACACAACGAUCCGCAUCUUCUUCACCAUAUCCUAGGCGACGAUCUCUGCGGGGUGGUUUCGUUGCGCAAAGUAAUAAUUUAUACGCGUCCAGUAGUUUCCUAGAACAGGGCGAGGGGCACCAGGGUGAAAGUAUUUUAGAAGUAGACAUUCAAGCCAGCGGAACGACCGCCGGAACGAAAGAUGACGAAAAACAAGAGCCCGGAACAGGAGCAGAGGGAGCAUCAGCGACAAGCCAAGGGCAGUCCGGCGUUGAAACCCCGGCAGAACGGCAGGUGACGGACAAGCAGAAUUUACGUACUGGCCGCGCAGCAGCAGAAGAAGAUGCCAGAAGCCCCCCUGCUGCUGUCAUCGAUUCCGACGGAAAUACGUUUACCGAGGCGGAAAUCGCCUGGCAUUGCUCCCAGAUGGAGAAAGCGCGGGGGCAGGCCCGGGGUGCCAAACCCUGGCAGAUCAUCAUCGCAAUGCUCUGUAACAUCUUGGCUUGCGGCUUCACGGCAAAGUGGAUUCAGUGGCACCCCUACGACGUCGGCUCCGCGGGGCACUACCAGGCGAUGUCGAACGUGGGCCUGCAAUUUGCGCUCAUGGUGCUGGUGCUGGAGGUGUUGGGCACUUUCCACUUCCUGCACUUCCGAAACGUGCCGGACUACGGCGCCACAUGGGAUCCCGAUACCGACGGCGGCCACUGGAUCGGCGAGUCCACCAACGCGGUGACGCACUGGGUGUGGAAGCACUGGCCCUUGCCCUCCGAGGUCCCGAUCGGACUGUACUGCGUGGGUAUAUCCUCGGGCAUUGCGGCGACGUUCACCCGGCUCGGGUGUCUGCAGCAGACCACGCACGCAGUCACCGGGGCACUGCAGAAGAUGCCCGAAGUGUUCCUGAGAAGCGAAUUGGCUGCCGCAUGCAGUACCCGUUGCAAGCGCUCCUGCAGGCGGGGACCACGACCUGCCGACCAGGACGAAGUAGAUUCGGCCAAUAAAAAAUCGCGACCAAGUGAUAUGGCGAAAACUACUGCCCGCGUGAGCCAGACGGCCCUGUUUCUUUCGGCGGACCAAGACGACCAAUUGUCGCACCUGAAGCGGCACCUGUAUCUCCGCGAAGGCACGGUGCUCAUGGUGCAGAUGCUGGCGCUGCCGUGGGGGUUGGCCGCGGGGGUCUUCUCUGCUUCGGUGGCCAACCGCUGGAUCCUCGGCGUCUAUGCGAACUGGUGGUCCAUGUGGGGUUACCUCCUGCCGGGGCUGAGCGGCUUCCUGCUGUGUGACGCCUUGUUGGCGCACCACCAGAACGGCGAUAUCUUGACGCAGGAACAACUGGAAGAAGAUUUUGCGGCCGUCAAGCGGGUGCUUGAGGAAGGAGGCCGCGAGGAGGAACUUACAGAACAGCAGCGGCGAUUUCUUCGCAGCGUCAGGGAAAGGAAAAAAUCACCGGAGUCGUGAGGCCAAGUAAUGAGAAUCUACCAGUUUCGCAUUUCGACGAAUGAAUUUCGACCUCCAAAACGACCUGAAGUCCGGUAAAAGAAUUUCAAUAAAUAUGAAGUUUCUGCGUACCCAGAACGAACUGAAAAAGUUUCAACAACGUGAU